CUCCCCAGCGUCUCCUCGCCUUCCCAUUGGUCGGGGUAAACUGUCACCGCUCUGGUCACCUCUAAACAAGCUUGCUAGACGUGCAGCGGAGGCGGGCCAGUGGAUGGGGACUGGACGGUGCGCGCCAAGGGCGACCUGUGAUUGGCAGGCUCCCUUGUCCAUCAGCGCGGACGGCGGCUGAAUGGUUAGGCUGCGCUGUCUCCUCAGAGCUGAUGUGUCCGAUACCAGGAAGUGAAGUUUUGGAGCAGCUCGACUGAGAGCGGAGCAGGAUGACCACUUUAAUACGGCGAGGUCGGCGCGGAGAGGAUGGGCAAGACAGGAAAGUAGACUCUGAGGACCCCAGCAAAGACCAAGAAGAUGAGAGCUCGGGGGAUUGCAAGGACAUGAGGCUAACUCUUAUGGAGGAAGUGCUUCUUUUGGGACUAAAAGACAAAGAGGGUUAUACAUCCUUCUGGAAUGACUGCAUAUCGUCAGGGUUACGUGGUGGCAUCUUAAUUGAGUUAGCCCUCAGGGGCCGCGUAGUUCUGGAACCGGCUACUUUACGGAAGAAGCGCAUCAUUGACAGGAGGGUGCUGCUGAAGUCAGAGGCCCCAACCGGAGACGUCUUAUUGGACGAGACCCUGAAACACAUGAAAGCCACAGAGCCUGCGGAGACUGUACAGAGCUGGAUAGAAUUACUUACAGGUGAAACUUGGAACCCGUUCAAGCUGCAGUAUCAGUUGCGCAAUGUGCGGGAGCGCAUCGCCAAGAGCUUGGUGGAGAAGGGCAUCCUGACCACGGAGAAACAGAACUUCCUGCUGUUUGACAUGACCACCCACCCUGUCACUAACACUACAGAGAAGCAGCGGCUGGUGAAGAAACUGCAGGAAGCCCUUCUGGAGAAAUGGGUGAACGACCCGCACCGCAUGGACAAACGGACACUGGCCCUGCUGGUACUGGCCCACUCCUCCGAUGUACUGGAGAAUGCCUUUUCCACCCUGCCAGACGACAAGUACGAUAUUGGCAUGAACAGAUCCAAAGACCUUCUAGAUUUGGACCCUGACACCGAAGCGAGCAAGCCCAAUGCCACAGAAAUGAUCUGGGCCGUACUGUCUGCCUUCAACAAAUCUUAAAGCAUCUGCCUGGAUGGUUUUCCAGGGCACACUGUGGUGGGGUAGGAGGAAAAGCAGAGGGCGAGAGACUGUGUUUUACACGUAGACUCUGAAUUUCCAACCUCCUGCUUUGGGAUAACCGAUCACCUGCUUCCCCACGGCUUAGGCUCCCACACUGCUCCGAUGUACCCAGUGUGUCUGCAAAGCACAUUUAUGGAAGAGAGAAAGUGGACAUUGAGGCUUCGAUAUUUAUACAUCUGGUCAUCUUUUCACUUUUCCCCCUUUAAACCCCAGUCUCUCCUCAAUAAGGGGAUCCCAGUUUCCCAUCGGAUUGUCCUCAGUAGCUCGCUGUUUUGGUGUGCUCUUAAAUAAUAGUAUUGAUCAGGAUGAAGGAGGCUGUUCAGUCUAUUACACAAUUAGAAAUGGAACACUGGGAUUCCUUUUGGUAUUUUCAAAAAUAAAAGUGGGCCCGUGGCAUAAUCAGGCCUACUAGGAAUGUGCAGAUGUGGAAUCCAUGUAGUAGAAGUUUGUGUCAUUCUUCUAGGCUGUCUGUCUAGGCGUCUGUCUGGAGGUGACUUGUGCAGUCUGUUUCCCAUACGCCGCUGAUGAUCUGCACCAGAUGUUCCGUAGGGUUCUUGUAUUUCUAUCUCAGUUUCCACCUCAAUGAUUUCUCCAUCUUCUAUACCUUGUAGUGAUAUUGCCUGUCAUGACGCUCCUGGCACCGCUACGCUGGGGGUACACAGAGUAGUGUGGAAAUCUGUUUAGUGGUGUGAAGGAGCUAACCGUAGACACAGGGACAUAUUAGGGCCAGCACCCUGGAAAAUGACAGACCCUUGAGGACCAGAAAAUUAUGUAUGUAUAAGAUAUAUGAUCCAUUUGAAAAGAGAAAGAUAUAAAAACAAGGAAAACAAAACUUCCCAAAGAAAGGAGUUGGCCUUACUAAGAGCGAGGGUCUCCGUAUUAAGGGCCGGUUGGGAAGUUUGUUUUAUUUAAGAUUCAGAAAGUGAUGAUUUUGGCAUUUGGAUAAAGGAGAUUAAGAAUCCAAUUUUUUUUAUUUAUAUUUUUGGACAUUUUUUCUGUCUGCGUGUUAUAUAAUAGAAGGCCACUUUGUGGCUUAUGCACACUUGCAUCUGUGCUGAUCUUUGUAUUGUUUCCCGUAUACCACAAACACGCGUUGCUAGCAGUAGUCACUUUAUUAGCAUUUGGUCUGUACGAUCGGUGUGUGAACCAGCGCUGUCCUCUUUGACCUUUAAUAAAGGACCAUUUACAAUGAAGGUGCAAGGCAGGAGCAAAUCCUGGCAGGUCUGGGUAUUCCAUGUUGCUGAUCUGUUCAGCCGUGACCUCUGCAGGUGUCUGAAACCUUGCGCACACAAUACAUUCCUGCAUUACUGUUGUGUGGUUGCAAACGCGUUUCAGGAAUUAGAUUGCCACCUUUAGUAAGAUCAACAUUCACCUACUUGGCUCACUAGAGACCAUUCCAAAGCCAUAUCCGUACUUUAUAUCCUGCCCAGGUAAUGUUUCUAUGCUUCCGCAAUAAAUGGAGGAUGGAGCAUAGGUCGGGGGGGUUGUAAUAAAAGAUCUACGAUCUGUCCUGUAUUAUCCUAAAUGGCUCUUCAUUCCUUUCUCUUUUCUUUCUUCUAUAUAGUUGUGUUUUUUUAUAGCCUAUUCUGAUCAACUCGGCAGUUUUGCAGAGGAUAUGUGUUCCGUAACCUUAUUCAUGAUGAUAAAUGCUGUUCCCAGUCUGUUCCCUAUCGCUGCACAAGUUGUUACCGUGUCCCCUGACCAGAGAGAAAAAAUACUUUAUCAAUUUAUUGUUAGACCAGAGGAAAAGUCCAGGAUCUGUCUCUCAUAUGACGUUCUACUUUCACACUAUUAUCAUUCGUCAUUCUUUUAAUUUACUGUUAUAUAUUCUUUUAUUUUCAAUAUUGCUGUAUGAUUUAAACACGUUGCAAAAUAUAACUUUGCUUUUUUUUUUUAAUUACUUUUAUUUUUAAAAUCUUCAAUGCAGAGGAACUAGCAAUCCGAUAUAUACAUAGGGGUUAUUUAUAGAGCACCUGUACGGACACAGUGGGGGCAGACAUUCUGCGGACCGCCGCGGCGUUGUCCCUAAUUCCUGGUGAAUUGACAGGCCGCGUUUCGGUAAAUAUUGGUGCAGCCCAUACAGUGUCUGCUUCUACUGUGAUUAGGCGAUAAAUCCACUUUAAUAAUAUAUAUAUAUACAUGUAAUUUGUCCUUUUAAAGGACUUUGGUCCUGCAUAUACUAUGCUUUCUACUUCAUCAUGAAAUGAGAUGUUCUUGUCGAGGCUCAAUGACGUUUCUAUCCAAUAAAAGUCUGUAUAGUAUUUUACACUUCAA